AUGACAUUUAGUAGUUUUCGAUGGUCUAAUCAGAGAAUUAAUCGUAAGAGAGCUUUAGAAGUAUAUGAGCUGAAUGGAAUUUCUAUGGUAAACGCUAAAUUGAAAGUGUUGUCUAAGAGACUAGAAAGCAUGGAUGUGAAAGUUGUAUUCACAUCUAUUUGUGAUAUAUGUAAAGGAGGCCACAAUAGAUAUGAGUGCCAAAUAGGCGGUCAAUUUUCACAAGAAUCUUCAAGUGAGAGACUUGAGCUUGGAGAGUUGAAACCUACAAUAGUCACCUUGCAAUUAGUAGAUCAAUCCAUAAAGUAUCCUACGGGGAUUAAGGAGAAUAUUCCAAUAAAAGUUGAAAAGUUUUAUGUACCUAUGGAUUUUUUUGUUUUGGAGAUGGGAGAAGAUGUUCAAGUUCUUCCUAUUCUAGGAAGCCCAUUCCUAGCAACGAAUGGUGCUAUAAUUGAUGUUAAAAAUAGAAAACUGACAUUUGAUAGUGGUGAUAAAAAAGUUGAAUUUGAUAUUUUCCAAACAUCUAAGUAG